GCAACGGCAAGCCCGGUUCGUCGCGGACACGUCAUCGGCCGCAGGAAAUAGUAACAAAUUUUCUGUGCUUUCCGGAAAAGCACUCGACGAUGAGGACUACCAGUUACUGUUCCAGACGCCAUCCUUGAAGAAGCGGAAGCUCAACGUCGCCCCGCAAACGCCUCUCACGAAGGCGAAGGAUCACACAAUCGCGAACUUCCAGUCCAGCACGUUUCGGUUUUCCUUCCCCUUCAAACCUCGCGUUUUGUCUUACAAGCCGAGCAAAAUUUUCCCGCUCCCCCGGCACUUGCGGAAUUUAUUGCCGCCGAGCGAGAAGACGAUAUGGAUUGUAAAAAUGUCUGGGUCUGGAAGAAUGCAAGACUUGUCAUGCAUAUUUCUUAUGACCCAUGAAGCCUGUAAUGCAUGAUGUAGCAUCGCAGACUUUUAGAGGCCUUCCUGAUGCACCUUCCGCAUGAGAAAUGCCCUGUCCGUGUAGCACAAAGUGUGCCCCUCUUGCUGGUCAUGCAAUACGAAAUUUUUUGGAGUCCAAAAACAGCAUGACAAGUUGCAAUCUUCCAGACCCAGACAUUUUUACAUUUGAUAGACGAAAAUCGUGAACAACACGGCGAAAACCGAGUAUGGCCCGCUCAAACGUUACAAUCUCAAACGUUACAAUAGAAUCUGGAAAUCUGUGAUGCAGGAAGUGCAUGAUCUACCCUAGUCCCACAGGAUUGCGCAUGACAAGUUUCGGAGCCCCAAACCGCACUAGAAUCUGGCGAAAUUUGUAUUGCAGAAAGUGGAACGCUCUGCGAGUCUGUCAUGUUCCUCAUGCAAUACAAAUCCCAGAUUCUAUUGUAACGUUUGAGAUUGUAACGCCUGAGCAGGUUAUACCGAGAUCCACGAGAUUCUGCACCAGAAGGGGCCCAACCCGGACCGUCUGGUGGUGGUGAUCGGCCCCUGCUCCGUCCACGACUACGACAUGGCGCUGAAGUACGCCAAAUUCCUGGCGCACGAGGCGAAGAAGUACGAGAACGAGUUGUUGAUCGUGAUGCGCGUGUACGGCGAGAAGCCGCGGUCGACCGUCGGCUGGAAGGGGUACGUGAACGACCCAAACAUGGACGACAGCUGCGACAUCCAGAAGGGCCUGUACCUGACCCGCUCGUUGAUGCUGGACAUCACGGAGCAUUUUGACCUACCGGUCGCCACGGAGUUUUUGGACCCCGUGUGCGCGCGGUACAUCGCGGACCUGGUGUCCUGGGGCGCGAUCGGCGCGCGCACCGUCGAGUCGCAGGUGCACCGCGAGAUGGUGUCCGGGGCGAACGUAUCAAAUGUAAGAAUGUCUGGGUCUGGAAACUUGUGAUGCUGUGUGGCAUAUCAUGAGGAGGCCACAAUUGCUGGCUCAGCAUGACAAGUUUCUGAGCUUCUAGGUGUUGCCUAUUCUGCAUGACAAACUGCGCUUCUGCAUGACAGAAAAACGCAGCUCUUGGGUAACGUGCAUGACAGAUUUAAGAGUCAUGCCAGACAAGCAUGACAAACUUGCAUUCUUCCAGACCCAGACAUUUUUACAUUUGAUAGAACGUGCCCUGCGGCUUCAAGAACGGCACCAGCGGGGACGUGCAGGUGGCCUGCGACGCCGUGGUCGCCGGGCGGAAGGCCUACAGCAUCCUGGGGCCGAUGGACGAGAAGUCGUUCGGGCACGCGUUUGGCGGGGCCAUCACCACGGCGAGCGACAAUUCCGACCAGGAGGAGCUGAAUCGCAUGUUGCUCUCGCCGAUCGAGGUGAACAGCCAUACAACUGCUCAUGAUUCCUCUCUCGAACAACAAUCCGGUCUUGACAGUUCUACAACUAACAACAGUGGCGUUGCUUCGUCCGCGUCCUCCGCCUCCAGUGCCGUCGAGCCGCGCACGGCGAUUUCAUCUUCGUCGACCAAAGCCCAGAAGUUGCAGCAGAUCAAGCAAAACCGGUCGCAGAUCGCGAUCGGGGAAAUCUACGGGGUAUUCAAGACGGACGGCAACCCCGACGCGCACGUGGUGCUGCGGGGCGGGAAGGACGGGCCGAACUACAGCCGGGAGCACGUGAAGAACGCCAUUUCCAAACUGGUCCCGGAAGCGCCGAAAAAGCUGCUGAUCGACUGCUCGCACGGGAACGCGAACAAAGACUUCACGCGGCAGCCCGUGGUUCUGAAGGAUCUGUGCGACCAGGUGUUGGAGACCGUAGUCGGCGAGACCGUGGCGGAGCAGGCGGAGGAGCCGGUGUUCCCGCCGAUUCUCGGCGUCAUGAUCGAGUCGAAUUUGCUGUGCGGGAACCAGAAACUGGACGUUGCGAAGUACAAGGCCGGGGAGCUGCAGCUGAAGUAUGGCGUGAGUGUGACCGACGGCUGUGUGGAUCUGGAGCAGACCGAGAAAAUGUUGAAGGACCUGGCUGCGGCGGUGUCCAAAUUCCAGACAAGGAAAAAGGAGUUUCGGGCGAAGAAAAAGUACGAAGAAGAGAGAGGAAAAAUGACUUCUUUAUUUCCCGGAGGUGGACUACAACAAGCACAAGCUGCUCCUGGCCGCGCGAAGCCGACCCAGCACCAAGUGCCUUUGCAGUUGUCCGGUUGUACUGCCGACGGCAAGCUGCCGGACGUCCCCGCUCUGCAGGUCAUGAAGGCGGUGUUCCCGAUGGGCACGGUGUCCGGGGCGCCGAAAAUCCAAGCCGUG